AUGACAUGGGGUUGGAGGAAAAUUCUAGCGUUACGCGAUUUACUUCGGCCUUAUAUGUGGAAGUCUAUUGGUAGUGGCAAUAACACGAAUGUAUGGAGUGAUACUUGGUGCACUGCUUGCCCGAUCCGUGCUUAUGUUAGUCCGAGAACAAUAGCCAAUGCAGGUUUUAACUUGCAAAAUACUGUGGCUGAGUUGGUGGAUUCUAACGGCCAUUGGAGGUGGCCGAUUGCUUGGUUUGACUUGUUCCCUGUAUUAAUCAACAUCCAAGCUCCGGUUCUUAAUGAUGCUCAAGAUCGGUUGGUUUGGAUUAACUAUGAAGGAAAAGCAGUUCAUUUUUCUUCGUGGGAGGUAUGGAAUAAUAUUCGCCAUCGGGAGAAUAUAGUUGAUUGGUUUAAUAUGGUUUGGUUUAAACAGUGUAUCCCGAGACACUCUUUUAACUUGUGGUUGGUUAUUAGAAACAAACUUAAAACCCAAGAUAGAUUGACCAUUUGGGAAGCGGGAAGUGCUACAAACUUGAACCUUAUGUGUUGCCCCUUGUGUAACCAUGGUAAGGACUCGAGGGACCAUUUGUUCUUUGAAUGCUUCUACUCUUCGGAGGUUUGGAAUAGUAUCAAGGAUAUGGCUGGUAUGGGUGAUGUAAAUGGCCAAUGGAAUGACAUAAUGCAAUGGAUGAAUGUAAAUUCGAAUAUGCAAAAACCGGCCAACUUCUACGGAACUCAUUCCAAACCACCAACGCUCGAAAGCAUUGAAGACUAUACUUGGUGGAAAGAACGUUUCAUUAACUGGGCAAAAGCUUAA